ACCUCAUUAAUUUGAUGACAGAGAAGGUUCACGAAGAGAUUGACCGUGUGAUCGGCCGAAGCCGAAGCCCCUGCAUGGCGGACCGAAGCCAGAUGCCCUACACAGAUGCUGUGGUCCAUGAGACCCAGAGAUUCGUCUCUCUUGCCCCUCUUGGUAUCCCACGUGCUGUGACAAGAGACACUCAUUUCAGAAAAUAUAUUAUCCCCAAGGGCACCACUAUAUUCCCUGUACUGCAGUCAGUCCUAUAUGACAGCAAGGAAUUUCCAAAGCCAGAGCAAUUUAACCCAGGGCAUUUCUUGGAUGAAAAUGGUGCCUUCAAGAACAGUGACUUCUUCAUGCCUUUUUCUAUAGGGAAACGGAGUUGCGUGGGAGAGGGUCUGGCUCGGAUGCAGCUAUUUUUGCUACUGACAACGAUUUUGCAGAACUUUACCUUGAAGCCUCUCAUUGACCCCAAGGAUAUUGAUAUAACUCCGAUGACAUUAACCUCAAAUGCCCCAAUGUCCUACCAACUCAUUGUUAUUCCUCGGUAAAUAACUUGAAAAGUCACCUCCAUUUCCUGAGGUGAUUAAUUUGAUUGUCUGUGAUCUUGAACUCCUUAAUACAGUGACAGAAAUUAACUAAUUGCCAUGAAAUGCACAGACAAAUUAGUCAACUUUUUAAGUAACUAGGAUUUAACAAAAUGAAGUGUUAUACCAUAAAAUAACUACAUAAUUGACUCUAA